AUGGCGGGCCGUCUCUCCAUUGCCGUGGUGCUGCUUGCUGUACUACUUGGCUACGUGUACAACUUUUACGUACAGCGAACAGUCUACAUCUCUGGCCUCUUUCGGAAUCCAGAGGCGACUGAAUUGGCUCCAGAAGACUAUAAAGUGAUUGAAAACGCGGUCAACUGUGAAGACUUGCACCACCAUGAACCAAGCGGCCUCAUCUUUGGUGCCUGUGAAGAAUCUGCAGGAAGCCGCCUGAUAUGGUUCCCUCCUCUUGAACAUUUUAGCAACCCAUCGACGGAACGGAUGAAGGGAAACCUCCAAGUUAUUGAUCCCAAGACAUUCAAAUCUCGGAUCCUGGCCCUCGAGGGUUUUAGCGGCCCAUUCGUGACUCAUGGCAUUGAUGUUAUUGAUGAUCCGGAUAAACCGAAAGGCGAAGCAGUUUACAUAUUUGCCGUCAACCACAAGCCUAACCCCGACCAUUACCGUGAGAACGGCGACGUCAAUGCCCCAAAGUCGCAUUCGGUGGUGGAGCUAUUUCACCAUGUCAUUGGCUCUGAGACAGCGCGACACGUCAGAACAAUAUGGCACCCCCUUUUCGUAACGCCAAAUGACCUGGUUGCUGAAUCUCCGACAUCGUUCUUCGUGACGAAUGACCACUAUUAUACUGAGGGAUUCAUGAGGAUGGUCGAAGACUUCCUUCCUAUUGCUACAUGGACCAAUGUCAUUCACGUCCAGCUCCAAGAGCCGGAGUCGGUUGAUGGUGGUGACAGUGCAGGAGUCCAUGCGUCGAUUGCACUGGAGAAUCUGCACAACCUGAAUGGAUUGUGUCACGGGAGAGCUAAAGAUGAUAUUUUUGCGAAUGGGUGUGCCAGUGGCCUCAUGCAUGUAGGAAAAAUCCGGGGAAAUGCCAACAAGGUUAUCGAGGUGACUGAAACGGUCGAGUUUGGGUCGGCUAUUGACAAUCCAAGCUAUUUCAGGGAUCCAUAUGCCAACAGCUCCUUUGACGCGAGCGGCAUUGUUUCCUGUGGCCCGACGAGGAGCAUCGACUUCUUCAGUAACAAGGGAAAGGAGUUUGUUCUGGACCCCAUCAUGGUGUGGAAGGCCUCGCCUAAAGCUGGCAAAAGCGAAGAAGGAGGUGCUGCAAUUAAAGACGGGGGAAAUUGGGAUGUCAACGUGAUCUUUCAAGAUGAUGGACACAGAAUUCGAACUGCUAGCGUCUCCGUGCUGGUGGCCAUUGAUCCAAAAGAAGAGGGAGGCAGACGCAGGGCGUGGCUAUUCGUCUCGAGCUACCAUGCCUCGAAUGCCAUUGCUGUCAAGAUUGAUUUGUGA